AUGUCCCAGCAUGCAUUCAAGUGGAUAUUGGUGUACCAGGAUCACCUCACUAAUUUUGUUAUUCUCAGAGCUUUGACUUCCAAGUGCGCUGCAGAAGUUGCUCAUAAUUUGUUGGAUAUUUUUCUUUUGAUAGGUGCACCCUCCAUCCUACAAAGUGACAAUGGUACUGAAUUUACGGCUGAAGUAAUUACGGAAUUGAAACUUUUCUGGCCGAGACUUGUCAUGGUACACGGUAAACCUCGUGAUGCCAAAGUGGGUUUAGCUACGUCUUCAUUACCACAAGAAAUCAUCCAGCGCAUGCAAACUGAAGAUGACUUACUCGCUGCCAUCAACGCCGAGCAGCCUAUUGAUUUACAAGAUGAUUCUGCUGCUGUGACAAAGGACGAAGUCUUGCCUGCAGCAGCUGGUGAACAAAUACUACCUAGCGGUGUACCAAUCCCAAUGGAAGAUGACCCUGUUCUUACUGAAGAUGAACAUCCUGCAAACCUCGUCGCUUCACGCAUUGACAUGAUACGAACUGAAAGAUCAGCUUCAAGAUCCGCUCAGUUACAACAGGCUGAGCGAAUGGUGAAACGAAGUCGUCUCGAACUAGCCGCCGGAAUGCCAGGAGAUAAUGUCGCCAUUCCAAUACCUCUUGUUGAUCGAGGGUGUGGGGAUCCUCGUAAUAUUCUAGGUGUUAUUGUAGAUAGAGAUCAAAAUGACAUGUACAAAAUUAGUGUAAAAUCUGGAAUGUUGAAAACGAGGUUUUCACGCAAUCAGUUUGAUCUCUGUCCUCAAAAGCUGUUAAAAGAAAGUGAUGUAAAUUGUACACAGGAAGUAUCUUUACGCCAAGCUGUAGCAAAAGAAUCGAAAUCUGGUGGCCAAGAUUCUGUUCGUUGCAAUUGUGCCGGGAACAGACGUUGUGAAAGUAAUCGUUGUAAGUGCUACAAAAGCAAGAUAAAAUGCUCUAGCCGUUGUCAUAGCUGUUUGGACUGCAAAAACAAGUAA